AUGAGCUUCAUCAACUGCUGCAAAUGCAAUCUCUGGACCAACACGCUUCAGCUCCAUAAGCAUUGUCCAAUCCCGACCCGGUAUCUGAAGAAGUUCAUCAAGUGCGCGGGCCAUCUUGAGGAGAUCAUUUGGACGGGAAGGGGCGGUUUGGGAGCAUGGAAGUUCAUGCAGAACAGGCCAAGCGCCUUGAACGUCCGGGUCAAGUUCACACCGGUUGCUGCUUGUCUUCCACCCGAGGCUUUCGCCUACCAACACAGCCUCCCCUCCUCAGAACCCUCCUCUAAGUUGUCCCACAUUCGCGCCGGCUCUUCCCCUUGCCAGUUCUUUGGCCAUCCUACAUCACUCAUCCGGAACGAAACACCAAUCGCUCAUUGCACCAGUCGUAGAACGAGUAGCAUUGUAACCACUGAGGAUGGAUUGACGACAACAACGACUUACAAUGGCUAUAGCCGUAGAAGUAGUUCAACUAGUCUGGCUACUAGUUGGGCCUCCUCAUCCUGCGCCCAUCUUGUUCUUCAUCAUCAUCAUCCUCCUGCUGUGCUCCUUCAACCGGCUUCCAUCAUCAAUCAAUCCUCAAACAUGGGAUUCAAUGUAUCAGUUGGGACUAUUGUCCCCCAAUCAAAAAGGUAG